AUGGAAUCAAAGGUUAGGAAGGCAGGAAGUGCCCAGCUCAUCGGAGGGUCUGCGCUGUCGCUCUUUUACGGGCCGUUGACACCGGCGUCUGCUGAUCUGGAAACGGUAGCCCCUCCCAAGGCCUCACCACCGUUUUCCCACCGUCAGGACCUUCCUCGCUUUCGCCAGGAACACGUCGAUUCAGCAGAGGACGCUGAGGGCAGACUCCCUCCCACAAAGGGUCGAAACAGUCAUGGCCUGUCUGGGGCCACUCGACGGACGGGGUCGACCAGGGUGCUUGGCCGUAUCUGGACCCAGUGGGCGAGAAUCUCCAACCCAGCGACUACCAUGAAUGGCCAGGCCUUCAGGCUUCAUUCAGUGCCGCAGCCUUCGUCCCUCUUCAUGUUUGACCGGUAG